UUUGAUUUUCUCUAUUGGUUUCUGUUUUUUUUUUAACUGCCAAAUCAAAAAGAAUUGAAACUUUGAUUUUAUGGAUUUCUUAAAAGUGUUUUUGAUGAAUAAAACUGACUACUUUUCUGGGAUUUUUAGAUUUUCUCAUCAUCAAUAUGGUGGCAAUUCAACUUACAUAUAUUUCUUCUUGAUUUUCCCAUAUUCACUUUCCUUCUUCUUGUUUUAUAUUCUGUCACUUUGAGUUUGUGGAAUUUUAGUUCAUUUUACAGCUUUUUUUUUAGCAGACUUUUGGUUUCAUUGGAUUCGAAAACUUUCAACUUUUCCAUCUUCCUUGCUUUUGGAGUUAUAAAAUCAUUCUCUGACCUUGACAUUUAAGACGUUUUAUUAGUUUUUUCAAUUUAUGGUUACUUUAAUGCUUGCUUAAUUUUCUGGUAAUUCCUUUAUUUUAGUCAAAUUAUAGAUUUGGUCAUUUGCCUCCCUAAUUAAAUUGAUUUGUUUUGGAUUUUUAAAAAUUAUUUGCUACAAUCACUCAUCAUUUGAAUAAUGAUUCAUUAUAUUUCUAUAAUAUGUCCAAGGUUUAUGUCUUUUCUUUUAUUUUUUGGAUUGAAGUUUAUGUCUUUAUUUUGUUUAGAAAUGCUGGCCAGUGGUUUCCUCUUUUUGGCAUUACUGCAUUACAAGGUGGCAUUGCUCUUGCUGCUGGCAUUGUGCAAUGCAAUCAAAGUUAAUGGAGAAGAGAGCAAUGGGCAGUGUUUUCAUAAGCUAACAUUGGACCCAAGACCACAUAGUGUAUCCAUCUUGGAAUUUGGUGCUGUUGGAGAUGGCAAAACUUUGAAUACCAUUGCCUUUCAAAAUGCCAUUUUCUAUCUUAAGUCUUUUGCUGACAAGGGUGGUGCCCAACUUUAUGUGCCACCAGGAAGAUGGCUCACUGAAAGUUUCAAUCUUACCAGCCAUCUCACCCUCUUCUUGGAAAAAGGUGCUGUCAUUCUUGGAUCUCAGGAUCCAUCUCACUGGGAUAUUGUUGAACCCUUACCCUCAUAUGGUCGAGGAAUUGAACUUCCCGGAGGAAGAUAUCGAAGUUUGGUAAAUGGUUAUAUGUUGCGCGAUGUCAUAAUAACCGGUGAUAAUGGAACCAUAGAUGGGCAGGGCUCAGUUUGGUGGGAAUGGUUUGCAUCUCAUUCUUUAAACUAUAGCCGCCCUCAUCUUGUGGAAUUUGUGUCGUCCGAAUAUGUACUAGUUUCAAAUAUUACUUUACUUAAUGCCCCUGCAUAUAACAUUCAUCCAGUGUAUUGCAGCAAUGUACACAUUCAUAACAUAUCAGUCUAUGCUCCACCAGGAUCACCAUAUACUGUUGGCAUAGUCCCAGAUUCUUCUGAUAAUGUUUGCAUUGAGGACUGCAACAUUAGCAUGGGUCAUGAUGCGAUUGCCCUCAAGAGUGGCUGGGAUGAGUAUGGCAUUGCUUAUGGCAGACCUACAACAAAUGUCCACGUCAGAAGGGUCCACCUCCAGUCAUCCUCAGGCUCUUCUCUUGCUUUUGGUAGUGAAAUGUCCGGUGGCAUUUCUAAUGUCCAAGUGGAGCAGGUCCACCUCUACAACUCGUUAAGUGGUAUCGAGUUUAGAACAGCAAGGGGUAGGGGUGGAUAUAUCAAAGAGAUCAUUGUAUCGGAUGUUGACUUGCUAAACAUGAACACUGCUUUUAGUGCCAUUGGUGAUUAUGGAUUCCAUCCGGAUGACAAAUUUGAUCCUCAUGCUUUCCCAGUCCUGGAGAAAAUCACCUUACAGAAUAUUGUUGGCACAAACAUCACUGUGGCUGGAAACUUCACAGGAAUCCAAGAAUCUCCCUUUACUUCCAUAUGUCUAUCCAAUAUCUCCUUAUCAAUCAAUGCUGCCUCUUCCACUUCAUGGGUAUGUUCAUACGUUUCUGGUUUUUCAGACUCAGUCUUCCCUGAACCAUGUCCUGAUCUUGAGAAUUCAACUACUUCUUCAUCAUGCUUUUUUCUCCUGAAGCCUAAUGGUAAAGCUGCUGUCUUAUGACACCAUCCCAUCCUACUGAAAAAAACAUAUAAAUUCUGAAAUUUCUACCCUUUACCACCUCAAGAGUAGGUCAGAUUCUUUCCAAUAAGUUACAUGUCUAGAAUACCUGUUUCAUCAUCCCUUCCUCUUUGGCAUUUUGGCAUGUUGCAACCCUGCAGAUUGUUUGUACAGCUUCAUUUCUUCAUUCUUGUGUAAGGAAAAUUUUGGUAGUGGUGGUACAAAAGCACAAAAGGGUCUUGGGGGUAUUUUCAGUAUUGCUGUCUAUUGAAUUCUUUUCUUCUUAUGUUUAUAGUUUUGGUCAAAUCUCAUUGUAAAAUCAUAUCAUCAUUUGGAUUGAAAAAUAGAAUAAAACAAAGAGAGAUGAAUUGGAAAA